UCGAUAACUGUCAUUAGUGUCAUUACUGUCAAUUUAGAAAAGAAGAAAAGAGCGGCAAGCGGCAAGAGAACAAAAUGUCGGGUUAUUAGAACUUGUUUGUGUUUGUGUGUGAAUCAGACGUUAUUUAUCGAAUUUAUCGUAAACUUUCUUCGUAUUUAAUCUAUCGAAAGCUUCUACAAGAUGUCUUUGCAAAAUACAGGCAAAUAUAGACCGGAAAAACCGCAACCAACCACCGAAAAUCAACAACCUGUUAAACGAGAAGAAAGUUCCGAGUACCGGAUACGCCAAGUCUUCGAAAACGAAGCCAUCGAUCUCAAAUAUGGCUUCGAGAAAAUCAAAGACCAAAACGAACGGACCGGUUUCCUACUCAACAUGCACUCGACCGAAAUAAUCGACGAGGACAAAAGACUCUGCGCUGCUGUGGAUUAUUAUUUUAUGGAAGAAGACGGAACACGAUUCAAAGUGUCCUAUCCUUUUAUGCCUUAUUUCUACGUUUUGACCCAGAGGGAGCUCCUCCAGGAAGUCGUGGAGUUCCUAUCGAAGAAAUACACAGGCACUAUCGCUCGAGUGGAAAUAAUCGUUAAAGAAGAUUUAGAUCUACCGAAUCAUUUAAUGGGAUUGAAACGAAAGUACAUCAAAUUAUCCUUCAUGAACCAAACCGAUUUAAUGAAAGUUCGAAAAGAUAUUCUAAAAGUCGUUCGCAAAAAUAAACAGAAAGAUUCCAAUGAUACUUUUUACACGGAAAUGCUGACGAGUACUCUAACGAAUCAUCAGGAAUACCAACAUUCGAAUAAAAACACCGAUCAAAUGGAAAAUAUACAAGAUAUUAGAGAAUAUGAUGUACCCCACCACGUAAGAGUCUCUAUAGAUCUAAAAAUAUUCUGCGGUUGUUGGUACAACAUAAAAUGCAACAAACAAAACGAACCCCCUACGAUAACCCACAGAAGGGACAUAAUCGAACGCCCCGAACCCAUCGUACUGGCCUUCGACAUCGAAACCACCAAACUACCAUUAAAAUUCCCCGAUGCAGCCACCGAUCAAAUCAUGAUGAUCUCUUACAUGAUCGACGGGCAGGGUUAUUUAAUCACCAAUCGGGAGAUUGUAUCGCAGGAUAUCGAAGACUUCGAGUACACCCCCAAACCCGAAUUCGAAGGACAGUUUACGAUAUUCAACGAACCAAACGAAAUGGCCUUGAUCCAGAGGUUCUUCGAUCACAUAUUAGAGAUUCGACCGCACGUAUUCGUUACCUACAACGGGGACUUCUUCGACUGGCCGUUCGUCGAAGCCCGAGCGGCCUCUUACGACUUGGACAUGAAGCGAGAGAUCGGAUUCUCGAAAGACAAAGACGACGUGUUCUCGUGUCGACCCGCCAUGCACAUGGACUGUUUCUGUUGGGUCAAACGCGAUUCGUAUCUACCGGUCGGUUCGCAUAACCUCAAAGCCGUAGCGAAAGCUAAACUUCGGUACGAUCCGGUCGAAUUGGAUCCGGAGGAAAUGUGCCCGUUGGCUACUUCACAACCGCAGGUUCUCGCGAAUUACUCUGUAUCAGAUGCAGUUGCUACUUAUUAUUUGUACAUGCAAUACGUGCAUCCGUUUAUAUUCGCUUUGUGUACGAUUAUCCCCUGCGAACCGGACGAAGUACUACGAAAAGGCUCCGGUACUCUUUGCGAGUCGUUGUUGAUGGUUGAAGCCUUUCAAGCCAACAUAAUAUUCCCGAACAAACAGGAAACGGUGUUGAAUAAACUGACAAGUGACGGGCACGUUUUGCAGCAGGAAACCUACGUAGGAGGCCACGUGGAAGCUCUGGAGUCUGGAGUGUUCCGGGCGGAUAUACCGUGUAGGUUCCGGAUCGUUCAGGAUGCGGUCGAUGGGCUGUUGGAGAAGAUAUCGAGUACUUUACAACACGCUAUAGAAAUCGAAGAGGGUGUACCGUUAGAGUGCGUGACGAAUUUACAAGAAAUUACAGAGGAUAUUAGAGCUAAAUUGUUGGCUUUAAAGAGUACUCCGAUGCGAUUGGAACGACCUUUGAUAUACCAUUUAGAUGUUGGAGCGAUGUACCCGAACAUUAUCCUAACCAACCGGUUACAACCGUGCUCUAUAGUAGACGAAACGGUUUGCGCUUCGUGCGAUUUCAAUCACCCCGGAGCGAUUUGCCAGAGAAAUAUGUCGUGGAUAAUGCGCGAGGAAUACUUACCGGCGUCGAGAAACGAGUACCACAGAAUCCAACAGCAACUGGAAACCGAGAAAUUCCCGCCGCAAUUGCCCGGACAACCGCCGAGGGCCUUUCACCAGCUAACCAGAGAGGAACAGGCCGAGCUGGAGAAGAACCGCUUAUCGAUUUACUGUAGAAAAGUAUAUAAAAAAGCGAAAUGCGUGCGAACUGAAGAGAGAACCACCACCAUUUGCCAGAGGGAGAAUUCCUUCUACGUCGAUACGGUUAGAGCGUUCCGGGAUAGGAGAUACGAGUACAAAGGUUUGUCGAAGAAGGCCAAGCAAGCUGUGAGCGAAGCGGUUAGAGGCGGAGACGCCGGGGCGAUUAAAUCGGCGAAAAAUCGGGAGGUUUUGUACGAUUCCCUGCAAACCGCUCACAAAUGCAUCUUGAAUUCGUUCUACGGUUACGUGAUGAGAAGAGGGGCGCGUUGGCACAGCAUGGAAAUGGCGGGAAUCGUCUGUCACACUGGUGCCAACAUAAUAAUGAAAGCCCGCGAAAUAAUCGAGCAAAUCGGGCGACCCUUGGAAUUGGACACCGACGGAAUUUGGUGCAUUUUACCCGCUUCGUUUCCCGAGAAUUUCACCGUAAUUACUACGUAUGACAAGAAAAAAUCGUUCAAUAUAUCCUACCCGAACGCCGUGCUCAACGCCAUGGUGAAAGAACACUUCACCAACGACCAGUACCACGAAUUCGUGCGUCGCGACGCCGGCGUCGAGUACGAGGUGAGAAAGGAGAAUUCGAUUUUCUUCGAAGUCGACGGACCUUACAAGGCGAUGGUUUUACCGGCUAGUAAAGAAGAGGGUAAGAAGUUAAAGAAGAGAUAUGCAGUAUUUAAUUUCGAUGGUACUUUGGCCGAAUUAAAAGGGUUCGAAGUGAAACGCCGCGGGGAGCUCCAAUUGAUCAAAAACUUCCAAUCUUCGGUGUUCGAGGCGUUCCUCAAAGGCGACUCGUUGAGCAGUUGUUACGCUUCGGUGGCUCAAAUCGCGGAUUAUUGGCUGGACGUGCUCUAUUCGCGCGGCAGGAACCUGCCCGAUUCGGAAUUGUUCGAUCUAAUCGCCGAGAACAAGUCGAUGUCGAAGAAAUUGAGCGAGUACGGCGCGCAGAAGAGCACGAGCAUCAGCACGGCUAGACGAUUGGCGGAGUUCUUGGGGGAUCAGAUGGUGAAAGAUGCCGGAUUGGCGUGUAAAUAUAUCAUCGCGAGGAAACCCGACGGGGCGCCGGUUACCGAGAGAGCGAUACCUCUGGCGAUAUUCCAAGCCGAAGAAUCGAUCCAAAAGCACUACCUGCGCAAAUGGCUGCGCGACCCCUCGUUGAACGAAGUAGAAAUCCGCGACAUACUCGAUUGGAGCUACUACAUCGAACGCUUGGGCGGUACCAUUCAAAAAAUCGUCACGAUACCCGCCGCUUUGCAGGGAGUACCCAAUCCGGUACCGCGCGUGCGCCACCCGGAUUGGCUACACAAGAAAAUCCUCGAGAAAAACGAUACGUUCAAACAGCGGCGCAUCAACGACAUGUUCUCGGUAGCGGCUACGAAACCGAUCGGUGAUAUCGAAGAUACGGCCUCGACCAAUACAAAUCCAGCUACUGUUCGAAUCAAACAAACUGUAGCUGUCGUAACGAAGCGUAAGAGGCAAUGUGAUACGGAAAAUAGAUUUUCUGAAGAGGAAUUGAAUAAAACUUGGAGGGAAGUUUUAGGCAACCCGCCGCCUUUGAGCAACGCUCAGGAGGAACUCGAAGCUUGGAUACGCUUCCAAAAAACGAAAUGGCUGUUCCAAUUGGCUCAGAAACACGACGGGCGUCGGUGUAAAAAGAAGAAAUCGAGCGCCGCGACGGCGGUGAUGCGUUCCUCGACGCCGGGCACCAUGAACGAUUUCAUACAGAGGGCGCAGAGGGCGUUGGUUACGUCCCCUUGGCAUGUUGUACAGAUAAAUCCUACGGGGGCUCCGGGGGAGUUUAAACUGUGGGCUAUGGUCGAAAACGAGCUACAUUUGGUGAAAUUGAUCGUACCGAGAAUCUUCUACGCGAAUCUAAAGUGUCCAAAAGUGGCCGAAGAAGGGGCUUUGUUCAAAAAAUGCAACAGGACUCUACCGAGGAGUAAACCGGUGCACCAUUUGUACAUGUAUUCGGUACCCGAAGAAAUGUACCAGCGACACGGAAAGAGGAUAUUUCUGGAUCAAACCGAUCCGAAUGUUGAAGGUGUGUUCGAAAUGCAGGUGACUCCGCUGUUCAGGGCUCUGUUGCAAAUCGGUUGCAUUUGUAAGGUAACCAGUAGGACAUCGAAUUUGGACACGUUCGCGUUGGACCAAUUGGACAAAGUGAACGUAUCGCGUCAGCCGUAUUUACCGAGCAACUCGAUGAAACGAUUGUAUUUGUACCAUCACAGGCACGUCAGUAAACCCCAGCAAAUGUUCGCUUUGUUUUUGACUCCGUUGAAAAAGGCCAUCGUGAUUGUAUUGGACACAGUCCGGACGAAUUUGAUGCCCAACAUGGCGAAUUUGUACCAAUCGGAACGAUCGACCAAGCUCGAACAACAAUCGGAAGAGGACCAACUCCCGCCCAGAGACGUUACAUUCGAAGUAAAAAUCGAAACGAGCAUCGAGCAAGCUUAUAAAACCCUACAGAAAUAUCUACAAUCGUACAAAGACGAGAAAAAAGGCCCGACUUACAUCGCCCUACAAUGCACUAUCGACGUGGGGGAAUUGACUCGCAACGUUUCAAAUAUAACCGAUUUUCCUAACGUACGAGUCCACAUACAAGACAUCGACGAAUUAUACAACGCGAUCGAUUGGCAGAAAAUGGGCGCCCGGGCGAUCGUCAGGCAUUAUUUGAACAGCGAAAAAGUGUUGGAUUUGAUGACCGAACAAUGCCGGUACUUUCAUUUGCCUUUGGGGAACAUGCCGGUCGAUCCGGCCGUCUUCGCGUCGGAUUUGUUCUUCGCCAGGCAUUUGGUCAAGCACAAUCACGUGUUGUGGUUUUCGAGUACCGAUAAACCGGAUUUGGGAGGUAGCGAAGAGAGCGACGCGAGACUCCUCGCCGACGGCCAAGAGGCCUCCUCCGAGGUGUGCAACCAGCCCGGCUGGUACUCUUCGGUGUGCGUCGAACUCGACGUCGAUUGUCUCGCCAUCAACACGCUGCUUCAAUCGCAUCGCGUCGGCGACGUCGAAGGCGCCAGCCAAGCGAUCGCUUUCGACGCCUCGAACGUCACUUCCAUCGAUCACUUGAUAUCGGGCCAACAACCAUUGACCGGUUACGACGAGUCCGCCCGGUGUUCGGAAGCUUAUAAGAUACUCAGAACGAUGGCGGUGGCUUGGAUGAGGGAGAUUUCGUUGUACAGGAACGUUUUCGCCGAUUUUCAAGUCAUACAUUUCUACAGAUGGUUGCGAUCGCCCAAGGCGUACUUGUACGAUCCGGCGUUGUUGCGAACGUUGCAGAAUCAAAUGAGGAAGCUGUUUCUGCAGUUGGUGGCGGAAUUCAAGCGGCUGGGUUGCCGGAUUGUGUACGCGAAUUUCAAUAAAAUUAUCGUGUGUUCGAAGAAGAGUUCGGUGGAGGAGGCCCUCGCGCACGUGGAUUUCGUCGUGACGUCGAUCAGGAACAAGGAGUUGUUUCAUUCGUUGGAUAUCACCUACAGGCAAUGUUGGGAGAACCUCGUAUGGCUGGACACCGCGAAUUUCGGCGGAAUACAAGGCAAACUACCAACCGAAGAAAACGAAAACAACGCCGACGAUAUCGAAGAGGAUCCCAACGAGCCCGCUGUUGUGAUGAAAUGGCACAUCGCCGAGAUGCUACCGGAACGUGCGAAUUGCAGAGACAAUUUCCACACCAUCAUAGCCGGUUUUUUAAUAGCCGUAUACAACAAAUUGAAAGAGAAAAAUCGCUCGACCGUUUCCUCUACGACCCUCAGUCAACCAUCGUUCGGUUUAGCACAGCACGAAAUCGUUUUGAACUACGCCGGGGAAUUACUCAGCGGAGAUAUCAGCCAAACCUUAUUUAAAAUGACGGAGAGGAUACACAAUCGUUUAGAACCUCUAACUGACGGUACGAGCGCUGCUUUGGACUUUGUAAAGGCGAUUUGCCACGUAAUUGCACUCGAACCGGCCCUUAGAGACUCCGUAGACGCUCUAAAAAGCAACCUACUCCGUUUAAUAGGCGUGGGGGAGUUCUCGGAGAAGGCCCUUUGGAAGGACUCGACGGUUUCGUACGUGGUGCCCCAAGUAAUUUGCAAGGCCUGCAAUCAUUGCAGAGAUAUCGAUUUGGGCAGGGAUCGGUACAGAUCGGAUAGGGCUUGGUUGUGUCCUUUGUGCGAUUCCGAGUACGAUAACGCCGAGAUCGAGUGUAUGAUGUUGGACGCUGUCGAUAAGAAAUUGCUGGCGUACAAUUUGCAGGAUUUGCGCUGCAUAAAAUGCUCGCAGAUUAAAUUCGAUAAUAUCAAGAGGUAUUGCAGUUGUUCGGGGGAUUUUAAGUGUUUGAUAACGAAGGAGGAUGUGGUGAAGUUGUUGAGGACUUUUCUGUCUUUGGGAGAGAGAUUUAAGAUGCCCGCUUUGUUCGAAACUGUUACGCAGAUUAUGACAUUAGUUUGAGUUUUUGAAAAUGUUUGUUCUUGUUUUUUUCUUAUAUAAUAAGAGAGGAUAUUUUUUAAUAAAAUUUAUUAAAGCGAAUUUGUAUUAGUUGUACCAAUGAAAAU